AGUGCAUACACUCUCUCUGCAACUGUGCGCCGACGUUUUUAUACAUCACCAUGAAAUUCUUCAGUUCCGCCCUUCUUGUAUUGUCCGCCUUGGCCUCCACCAGCGGCGGACCAGUACAACUCAAGCGCGGCCUGCCCACCUACUCGGCCACCACAGCCUCCCCGAUCUACGCCUCUGCCAGCGCCGGCCAGCCGUCUUACACGAAGGCCUUCCGGUCCGCUCCUGAACUGAAAUCUGUGUCUGCCGCUCAACAGUACGUCUCUCAGCCUGCUCCGUCGUAUUCCGGCCCUAGCGCCCAGCAGUACUACCAACAGGCUGAACCUCAAGCUGUCGCCUAUUCACAGCCUACAGGGGGCAAGUACGCUGCUUCUCCAGCCGCGCAGAAGUACUCCUUCGCAUCGCAACCUGAACCUCAACAAUACUCUUCUGCUGCUGACGUUUCCUCCUUCAGCUACUCGAGCCCUGUAGUGUCUUACAACAACCUAGGCUUCCUUCAUCAGAUCAUUGGAAAAGGAGCUGGUGCUCAACAGCAACAACCACAACAACAGCAACAGCAACAGGUUUACUCAGCAGCUCCAAGGCCAAAAGUACAAUAUACUUCUUCCCCAAGCCAAUAUUCAGCACCCCAAAACACCUAUGACAUUUCAAACGCUUACCAAGGCGUAGCUCAGAAAGCUGCAUAUUCUGAAUCUCCUCAAGCUCAGUACCAAGCCCAAGCACAAGCCCAAGCUUAUGCUCAAGCUCAGGCCCAAGCAGCACAAGCACAAGCUUUGGCUGAAGCCCAGGCCCAAGCUAAAGCUCAAUCUCAACAGCAACAGUCUCAGGCUCAUGCUAUUACCUUCCAAACUUCAUCUCCUGUAGCUCAGAAGCUUUCCUAUUCCUCAGCCCCUAGCUACCAAGCCAUCCAAGCCUUGCAAAAGCCUUCCGCACAAGUGAAUUAUGUGGGUUCUCCACAGCAGGUCGCUUACAGUGCACCACAAGGUUCCUCUCAAGCUUAUGAAACCGCUGCCCAUUCCGCACCCCAAAUUUCCUAUUCUCAGCCAGGUGCUCAACCCCAGUAUUACUCGGUGCCCCAAGGUGCUAAGUACCUCCGAGCAGGAAUCACUUACGCCCAGUAAUUUUUUUAUUUUUUUUUAGCUUUAGGUGACUAUUUCUUGAAUCUUUUGUAAAUAUUUUUUUUCUUUUCUGAGAAAAGGCAGGCUGUAUAUCAUAUUAUUGUUUUUGUA